UUGUACAUUUAUAUUUCAAAAAUGUAUCAGUUAUAAUCAAAAUGUUAACGAAAUUGAUGGUACUUCUUCUGUUAGUUCAGAUUAAUAUUGCGCAAAAUAAUGAUUGUCAACAUGUAGCAACGUGUGGUGAGUGCAUUCAAAAACCAGAAUGUGUUUGGUGUCAUGAUCCAGAAGAUAAUACAAGGCACUGUCAAAUCAAGAACAUCUCCCAAUGUAAAUCAAAAGAAAUUGUAAAUCAUACCUUAACAAUCAUAAAAGACAACGAUCUAUCAUCUGAUAUAAAUUCAAAAUCAUUCGUUCAAAUAAAACCUCAACACGUUAAACUAACGAUCCCAAAAAAUCAAGAACACAGUAUAAAAUUUAAAUUUGCCAGGGCUCAAAAUCCUCUUGAUCUAUACUUUUUGAUGGAUGCGUCUUAUACGAUGAGACAGUACAAAACACUAAUAUCGGAGUUGGUGGAAAAAUUGGUUAAAGAAAUUAAAGGCCAUACCACUGAGUAUAAAUUAGGAUUCGGGACAUUCGUCGAUAAAAUCGUCCCACCAUUCAAUUAUGAUGGGUAUUCAUCAAACCAAUGCAAAGAAUGUAUGAAUGGGUACACUUUUAAGAACCAAUUAAGUCUUACAGAGGAUGUCGACGAAUUUAAAAUAAAGAUAAACAAUACUCCAACGGCAACUAACAUAGACGCACCCGAGGGGGGUUUAGAAGCACUAUUACAAGUUAUCGCUUGCAAGAAAAAGAUCGGAUGGAAAGAUAAUUCUACAAGACUGGUUGUUUUCACAACGGACGAUUAUUCCCAUAUAGCAGGAGAUGGUAGAUUAGGUGGAGCCAUUCAUCCAAGUGACGGUACAUGUUAUACAAACGAGAACGACGCUCACAUAUAUGAUUAUCCUUCUAUUUCCCAUAUAAGUUAUCUAGCAGAAGAGCAUGGCGUACAUGUUAUUUUUGCAAUUGCUGAAGGUAGCACUCGUACUGCAGAAGAGAACUACAAAAUACAACAGAGUUAUAAAGAAAUGAGCAACAAUGCUAGAUUAUCAAAAUACAGUAAAUUAACUUAUAAUAGCAACGAUAUUAUUAAACUUGUUACAGAGACAUACACGGAAAUUUUACGAUCUGUAAAAAUGUCUCAUAAUUUUGAUAAAUCAAAAUUCGAAGUGAAAUUCAAAGCGAAAUGUUCAAAAAAUUCCGAUGUUGAAGAGAAAGAUAAUUGUGAUAACGUUAAAAUCGGCAAAGAAAUUGAAUUCGAAGCGAUAAUUAAACCAGUCGAUUGUUCUGGAACUAAGGAACAAUACGUAAUAAAAGCGGACGGUAUCGAUGAAAGUUUAAUAGUAGAUUUGGAGGUAAUUUGCAACUGUACUUGUGAAAACGAGAUAUCAAAAAACCCAGUUGAAAACUGCAGUAACGCUGGCUACAAAAAAUGCGGACAAUGUGUAUGCAAUGACGGGCAUACCGGAAUACAUUGCGAAUGUUCCACAGAAGACAAAGCCAAAAAUGCCACGUGUAUUGAUUCUGAUACGAAAUUAACAUGUAAUAACAAAGGAAUUUGUAAUUGUGGUGUAUGUGAAUGCAACGCUAAUUAUUAUGGUACGUUUUGUUUGUGCGAAGACGUAUCGUGUCCUAGAAAAAAUGGUGAACUUUGUAGCGGAAAAGAUCACGGAAAUUGUAAAUGUGGAAAAUGCGAGUGUUUACCUAGUUGGAGCGGAGAAGAUUGUUCAUGUCUAAAAGCAAAAACUCCGUGUAUUGCUCCUUAUAGCGAUGGGACACACUGUUCGGGACAAGGAGACUGCAUUUGUGGAAAAUGUCAAUGCAAAACUGAUUAUUUUGGAGAAUUUUGUGAAGGCUGUAAAGGAUGUGAAUGGUGCGAUGAUUUAGAUCCGUGUGUAAAAGCGUAUUUAGAAGAUUCAAACGUUGCAGAAGAAAAAAGAAUAAAUUGCAGCAGUGUUAAUAUAAUUCCAAGGAGUAAUGCUAGCAGUGAGUUUUACGAUAACGAAUGGAAGAAAUGUUUAUUAUCAGGAACGUUAGGCUGUAACACAGCUUAUAAAUAUAAAAUCGAUGAUAAACAAAUUUUAAUAGAAAUUGGCGAAGAAAUUUGUCCAUUUGUAGCUAGUAUAGAGGGGCUUUUAUUAGUCACACUCCUACCAAUCUUAAUAGGAGGUAUAAUCGCUUUCUUAGCAUGGAAAGCUAUCGUUACCGUCAAAGACGGAAGAGAAUACGCACGAUUUUGUGAGAAAAAGAAACUAGAAAAAUGGAGCGCUGAGGAAAAUCCUUUGUACAAAGAAGUUAAAGUUUGUUAUAAAAACCCAACAUUUCAUGAUAAAUCAACAAAAUCAUAAAGGAUAUGAUUUUUAUAAGGG